CGCUCUGGGGAACUCAACCGGAAGUUGGAAGUAGUUCACCACCGAACUGUUCAUGAUGUUUAAGAAAGUAACAAUUCAUUCUUAAUUCAUUGUAUCGUCGAAGCAAGCUGCAUCACAAACAAUUUUCUAGAUUUUAGAGUAACUUGUAUUUGUAUACCUACGUAUUAUUGUAGCGUUUGCUAAAGCUGUCUGACGUUGCCGGUGCAUCCUUGCUUGGUGGUUCGCACAGUGCUUCGGUCUGUUUCCUGACGUUCGUGGUUAGCUUAGUAAGUUAACGUUAUCUUGCUGACAAGACAUCAGUGAAAUGUCGUCUAAACCAACUUGUUUAAUUGUGGCAAGUGCGGCUGCACAAGGAGUGUUUGCUCAGUCAUUUUUCCAGUCAUUCACUCUCUGCAACCCUGUCUUCAACGUGCAGACUGCCACACCAGGGGGGAAGCCCAUUGAUUUUGCUGGAGUGGACGACAGCACAGCCCGCUGGGUGCAGGAUUUCAGUGUGAAGCCCUAUGCCAGCCCUGCGAAGCUGGAGUCCAUCGAUGGAGGUCGCUACCACGCCCUUCUGAUCCCAGACUGCCCUGGUGCUCUCAGCGACCUCGCCCACAGCGGUUCCUUAGCUCGCAUCUUAGCGCACUUCAUAUCUCAGCAGAAGCCUGUGUGUGCCGUGGGCCAUGGUGUGUCUGCUCUGUGCUGCGCUAUGGAGGGGCAGAGGUGGAUCUUCAGUGGCUACAGUCUGACUGGGCCUUCCGUGUUUGAGCUGGUGCGCCGCCCUGACUUUGCCAACCUGCCCCUGAUCGUGGAAGACUUCGUGAAGGACAGCGGAGGAUCCUACACCGCCAGCCAGGAGGACGCGGUUCACGUGGUCCUGGACCGGCACCUGAUCACGGGCCAGAACCUCCAGUCCACCUCAGCGGCUGUCAACAACCUGAUCCUGCUCUGUAGCGGCAGCUAGGUUGCGAGAGGAUGGGACACAAGAUGAACUGAGAAAUCUGUCUAAUUAAGAAGCAUGGACAUGCAAGGUUUUCCAUUAUCCGUUUGUUGUCCGAAAUGUGUAAUGUGGGGAGCAACGAAAUGCCACACACACACAAACACAAACACACACAAACAUGUAUAUGAUAGACAUAUAUAUCCUGUUUGGGAGCAACAUUGCUUUCUCUCCACAUAAGUGCAACCGAGUGUUACAUUCCCAAACUUUUUUGCUUCCAAAAAUACUUGCUGCUCCGGGCUUGCAGUGGUAAGAGUUCACAUUCCCAGGUUAUCUUUUUGACCCAUCAAAGUAAUAUCAUGUUAGGGUUAUUGAGUUGAAAAGCACAAGAUUUUGGUUGUUGGUUUUGUGAUUCCGACAGCAGCUGUUACUUGCUCACACUGUCAUGUGAGAAUAAAAUGUGAUUGUGUGCUGCUUUUUUUAUUUAUUAGUCAGUACAAUGAAAACAAUACUGAAUGGCUCCAUGGUAAUAUUCAGAUAACACCACAUAAACACUCUUUACUGUGUGAUGUCAUUUGUGCUACUGAUUUGUCCUUGUAUUUAAACAGGGUGCUAUGCUAAAACAAUGAGGCACAGUGGCCCUGAUGUAUUCACAAAUAUCAGUAUGGCCUUUUUAGUACACACUUAAGCAUAGCCAAGUACUCUGCGACCGUGUUCCAAACACAUACUCGCAUACUGCUGGACCUAGAUAGCAUAGAAUCACAGGGCAUCGUGAAUAAAAUAAAAAUCACUGUUACGGAAUCAAGACCUUGAAAGCGAGCGUGCGCAAACAUUCCCCAGAUAUCUUCUUAAGCACCGGAGCGGAUCAGAUGCGAUGGCACGGGGGCCGCUGCUUCAUCCCAAUAAGGGAGCUCUUCGGUUGCCGGCAAGCCUGAGCCGCGAGAAAAGCAUCUUCCGCCGGCUAGUCCCAGCUCAUGAGCCGUGACGUGAGGAGAAGCGGCGGCUGACAGUGCGUGCUUCCCCGCGCUCUCCUGAGUUUACAACGGCGGUUGCAGUUUCGCGUGCUGAUUAAGUACGGGUGGGCAUUUCAAAUUGGGGAAAAAAGGACGGAAAAUAAUUUUAAAGAACGAUCGCAUACGUUGCCUUUAGCCGCCCACGUGCUGUCCUUGCCAUUUGAAGCUGCUCGAUGAAUAAAAAUGAGUUCAAUUGGGUGAAAAAUUAAGUUUUUUUUUUUUUUAAAGAACGAUUGAUGAGUAAUACUAACAGAAAUAUGAUGUACUCGUGAAAUUCACCAGGAAGUUUAAAUAAUGCUUAGUUAAUUUAUGGGGUAGAUCAUAAGCACAUGGUAUGCAAGUAAGUGUUAUGGAACACAGCUAGGACAGGGGUAUAUCAAUACAGCAUUUGAAAAUUUUUGUCUGUGAGUCAAAUAGAACACUUUUUUGUGAUUCCGUUUUUGAAGCAAUAUAUUUGAAUGGGAUCAUACGAUUGUUUUUAAGAUGACAGUUGCCGGUUAAUUUUUCUUGGAAUAGUACAGAACUGCAGGAGAAUAGGCUACAGUUCACCUCAACUGAAAAGCGGAGGCAAACCAAUAUCCUGUACAUCAGUAAGAGAUUCCUAAUGGCCUGUAAUGCACAGCGAGUGUUCUUAUCUCAAUAUCAAAUGGAUGUUCCAUCAUGUUGUAACUUUUUGAGUAAAAUUGCUUGAUUUGGCACAAGGAUGUGCUUUUUGUUAUUGCCUAUUGUCAUAAUAAUGAUUUUCAGCAGGACCAGAUUGUGUGACGUCAUUGAAAAUAAAUGCUGUAAACCACAUAUUCUGAAAAUGUUGAUCUUCUCAAAUAAAACCUGCAAAGGAGAAA